AAAAAUAUCCAUGGCCAAACGCACCUCAGUUAUCCACCUUUAACAGAGGGGACCUCACAUUCACGCAGACACACAGCAAAUACCCAUCACCCUCACAGAAAAUUCACACUCUUGGCACAGAGAAUAUACACGCACUCACACACAGCAACUUAACAAACAGUGAGAAAUCGAGAUUUUAUGGUGUAAAUCGAGUGACGGGAGAGAGGGAACCAAGGGAUAGAGAGCAAAAUCGAGAGGAGAGAAAACAGAAACAGUGAGAAAUCGAGAAGGGUGAACGAGAAUCCGGCUGGUGUUGAGUUUUCCGGCAAAUUUAUCGCCGGAAUCAGUUACUUUUCGUCGGAUCCAGGCACCGCCGACUCGAAAUCCACCUCUCGCUGCCGAAAAAACAGAACCUGCAACCAAACUAUCCCGAAAUCGGCCUGGUUGAAUUGAUUCCGGCGAAGUUUCGCGUACGGUUUUCGUUUUUUCUCAAUUUCUGUUUCGGAUGCUCGUCUGUUUUUUGUGGGUUUCUGUUCGAAUCAAAUUUUGGGAUUUUCGUGGUCAAGUUGGCUCGUUGUUGAGAUUUUGGUACUCGUUGAGGAUCUCGGGACAGCUCUUACUUCUCAUUCGAAAGUACUCGAAACGAUGGGACUUCUCAGCAUUAUCCGAAAGAUUAAGCGAAAAGAAAAGGAAAUGCGCAUCCUUAUGGUGGGUCUUGACAACUCUGGUAAGACCACAAUAGUUUUAAAAAUAAACGGUGAAGACACAAGUGUCAUCAGUCCAACUCUUGGCUUCAACAUCAAAACCAUCACGUAUCACAAGUAUACCCUCAAUAUAUGGGAUGUCGGGGGCCAGAAAACAAUACGGUCUUAUUGGAGAAACUACUUUGAGCAAACUGAUGGCUUGGUGUGGGUUGUGGAUAGUUCUGAUCUGAGAAGGCUGGAUGACUGCAGAUCCGAGCUACAUAAUCUUCUAAAAGAGGAGAGGCUAUCAGGAGCAUCAUUAUUGAUUUUUGCAAACAAGCAGGACAUACAAGGUGCUCUUUCUCCAGAUGAAAUAGCCAAAGUGCUUAAUCUGGAGGCUAUGGACAAUAGCAGGCACUGGAGAAUCGUGGGAUGUAGUGCAUGCACCGGAGACGGGCUACUUGAGGGAUUUGAUUGGCUGGUACGAGACGUUGCAUCACGAAUCUAUAUGCUUGAUUAAGUGAAGUUUACAUUAAGGUUUUGAUUCCUGCUAGUGAAGUUUACAUUAAGGUUUUGAUUCCUGCAAGAUGACUUUAUAAAAAACUUUUCGAUAUACCAUUCCGAAUAUUUGUGGAUGUAAAGAUCAAAAAUCAUAUAUUAGCUUGAUAAGAAA